AUGAAGAAGAAAGAAAUAUCUAAGACCUGUCUAUGUCCUUAUCAUACCUGUGCUAAAUUGCUCUCGCGAAAAGGUCGGCAAAAAAUGAUAAGGAAACGGGCGGGCAAAGAGAAAGAAGAGAGGGCAGACGAUAGCGCGAUGGUGGGAAAACAUUUAUACAUAGAAGGCACGUCUUCCGUCCCACCACCGCAUUCUUUGUCAGUCGGCUCCAUUAUAGUUCGCUUGUUCUAUAUUAAUAGAUCCUCUAUCUGGCUACCUAUCUAUCUAUCUAUCUAUUAUCUAUCUAAAUACAAAUCUACUAAAAAUAGGCAAAAUCCACAUAAAAUCCAAGAUUUCGAAAUGAGUAGAAUUCGCUCUGCCGAAAUUUACCCAAAGGGUGCUCUCUCUCUCUCUCUCUCUCUCUCUCUCUCUCUCUCUCUCUCUCUCACUCACAAUCUUUAUAUCUCUUUCUCAUUCCUUUCUUUCUAUCUCUUCCUUCGUUCUCUUUCCACCGUUUUUCCUCUUCCUCCCUCCCUCCACUCUGUCUUUCUUUCUCGGUUUUUAUUCCUCUCGCUUUUCUAUCUAUCUAUCUAUCUAUCUAUCUAUCUAUCUAUCUAUUGGUUUGUCUUUCUCUUCGCUUUCUGUUUCCUUCCUUAUAUCUCCCUGUACGCAUGCGCGACACCUCCAUUUCAUAUUCUCAUCUUCCAUAUCUUACUCUACUCCGUUACUUUCCAACUACCACCUUGCUUCUACUUUUUUCCUUCUCGUAUCUUCUCUAAAGAACUUGAUAUUAUUUACUAA